AGCCAAGACACCUGCUAGCAUUCCAGCACCUAGCAGGGCUUGGUGCUCCUCUGCUGAAUCCCUAUCCAUCGUCGGGCGUCGGAGAUUGAGCUUGGCAGAUAUUUUGCCGUUGCAGUAAUGGGUCAAUCGCAUUCCAAGGGCAAUAAUGGCCCUGGCGAUUCUUUGCAAUCGUAUCCAUCCUUCUCUCGCUCUGACACCAAGGAAUCCAUCCGCUCCCUUCGUGGCUCGAUCCGCUCCAAGAUUCGUAGCAGCGACAGUCCCCGCGCCUCCACAUCUGCUCUGUAUCAGACGGAAAGCCAGACCGAUAAGUCGGAUGCUGGCUCGAUCAAAUCGGCGGCAAGCAGGCGCAGCUCGACCAACCUGAGCGCUCCCCAGUCCCCUGCUGCGGAUGACGCCGCUUCCAAAACCGACUCAUUGGAACCUCCUCCGUCUCCAUCCCUGUCGAACAGUCUGAAAAGAGGCCAUAAAGAUGUGAAUGCGAUGCAGCAGAGUGGGGAGGUUGACCACGUGUCGGACGCUCCCCCGACCGGUGUUGCCCCCAAGGGCCCUUCUACACAGAAAGUUGGCGAAUCGAUUCUUAUCAAGAGAGAAAACCAGCUGAAUCCGAUUCUGGACUUCAUCAUGAAUACACCGAUGAACAGCGAAACAUCUGGAUCGCCGGGAAUGGGGAUGGGUGCUUUGAAGUCGAUUGACCUGGAUGACAUGAUUUCACGACUUCUUGAUGCUGGCUACUCGACCAAGGUUACCAAGACUGUUUGCUUGAAGAAUGCGGAGAUCGUGGCCAUCUGUACCGCCGCACGGGAACUCUUCCUUUCUCAGCCCGCUCUUCUGGAGCUGUCGGCCCCCGUCAAGAUUGUCGGAGAUGUCCAUGGUCAGUACACCGAUCUCAUUAGGCUGUUCGAGAUGUGUGGGUUCCCCCCCGCCUCAAACUACCUCUUCCUGGGUGACUAUGUGGAUCGCGGAAAGCAGAGCUUGGAAACAAUCCUGCUUCUGCUCUGCUAUAAGCUCAAGUACCCCGAGAACUUCUUCCUCCUGCGUGGCAACCACGAGUGUGCCAACGUUACUCGCGUGUAUGGAUUUUAUGACGAGUGCAAACGGCGUUGCAACAUCAAGACUUGGAAAACAUUCAUCGAUACGUUCAACUGCCUCCCAAUCGCUGCGAUCGUUGCUGGCAAGAUCUUCUGUGUCCAUGGUGGUUUGUCGCCGAGUCUUUCACAUAUGGAUGACAUCCGAGGCAUCGCCCGCCCGACCGACGUGCCGGACUAUGGCUUGCUGAACGAUCUUCUGUGGAGUGAUCCAGCAGAUAUGGAGGAAGACUGGGAACCCAGCGAGCGUGGUGUCAGCUACUGCUUUGGCAAGCAGGUCAUCAUGAAUUUCCUGCAACGGCAUGACUUUGAUUUGGUCUGUCGAGCGCACAUGGUGGUCGAAGACGGUUAUGAAUUCUAUCAAGACCGUAUUCUGGUUACUGUCUUCUCUGCGCCUAACUACUGUGGUGAAUUCGAUAAUUGGGGAGCCAUCAUGUCUGUUUCAGGUGAAUUAUUGUGUAGCUUCGAACUCUUGAAACCGCUGGAUUCCACGGCCUUGAAGAAUCAUAUUAAGAAGGGCCGGAACAAGCGGAACAGCAUGCUCAGCAGUCCUCCUGCAAUUGUCUCGGCACAAAGCUACUAGAGGUCCUGGUAAUUGCAUGCCAAGCGAUCGUCAUCCGCCAUAUGUCACCAUCAAAAUACCCGGACCCUACACCAUGAAAACUGACCAAUGCACAUCAUUCGCUAUCGGCAGUGCAGCCUUUGGCAACCGGCUGGGCUAGCACAGUAUCACCGCCAACUCGGCAGGUGCGCCACAGUUACCCCGUCGACAUUCGGGCGCCAGUCUGAGGAACCCCACUGCAGUGCAGUGAUCUUGGCUCUACCGACCCAUUUCUCUCCAUUCAUCCGAUCCUCGGCUUGGCAAAUGCCGGAUAUGCCAGGCUCGUCAUCUUUCAUGUUACUCAGAAUCGACAGCAUAGCGAGCCGAUGCUCUGAAACCCGCUUCCUUGACAGACAGACCUUAGACUGUCCAUACAUGGUCCAACAGACCGUA